AUGGGUGAGCGCUGCCCGGGGACCCCGCGCACGGCCCGGCCGGGCCGGACGGGCCGCGGAGCGCCUGGCACGGCCGGUGCCACCGGGAGGGGUCCCCACGGCUCGGGGGGCGCGGGCAGGGGGCGCGGGGGUCUCGGGGUGGCCGCCCUCAGCCUCGCCCUCCUCUUCCUCCGCGCAGAGGCCGAAGGCUUCGCCCCCUGCCAGGCGCCCGCGCUGCAGACCAAAGUGUUCCAGUACCGGCUCUGGGACGUGAACCAGCGCUCGCUGUACCUGCGCGGUGACCAGCUGGUGGCCGGGCACCUGCAGGGCGCCAACGCCGCGCUGGAAGAGAAAGUGUUCUGGGUGCCCAACCGUGCCCUGGAGCCCGCCCGGCUGCCGGUGAUCCUGGGCAUCCGCAACGGCUCCCGCUGCCUGAGCACCGAGCGCGGCCCCGGCGGGGAACCGCGGCUGCGGCUGCAGCUGGUGGUGGCCUCGGGGCCCGGGCAGCCGGCGGCGCGGCCGUACCACUACGUGCUGCGGGACACGGAGCAGCAGGGCCUGAGCCUGCGCCACGGGCACCUGGUGGCCACCAGCCUGCAGGGCGCCAACGCCACCCAGGAAGAGCCCAUCAGCGUUGUCCCCAACCGGCACCUGGAGCGCCGGCGCUGUCCCCUCAUCGUUGGCAUCCGCGGUGGCACCCGGGCGCUGUCCUGCGGCACCGGCCCCGAGCCCCGGCUCAGCCUGGAGGACGUGGAGCUGCUGGAGCUGUUCUCCAGCGACAAGGACAGGGCCACGCCCUUCACCUUCUACAAGACCUUUGGUGGCUCCACGCACACCUUCGAGGUGUCCACAGAUGGGUCCACCCCACCCAAGUCCAUGACCGUGGCCGGGAGCAUCUCCCAGCAGCUCCAAGGCCAUGGAUCCACGUUUGAAGGCAUCUCCCAGGCAUCCAUGGAUGAGGACAUCCCACCCCAGGCUGUUCCCAUGGACCAAAGCUUUGAGUUCCUCUUUGGGAGCAUCUCCCACAUGUCCAUGGGUGGGGACAUCUCCUCAUGGACUGUGACCAGGGAUGGGGACAUCUCCCCCAGACCUGUGACCAUGGAUGGUCCCACCACGGAUGGUCCCACCAUGGAUGGUCCCAUCUCCCCCAAGCCCCAAGUCCCCAGACUCAGCCAGGAGGAAGAAGAAGGUGACGGCAACGAUGGCGACCACCAGGCCAGUGAUGACCGUGAUGACCACCGUGACCACCAUGAUCUAAGUGACCACCAUGACCAUGGUGACCACAAUGACCUCAAUGACCACCUUGAUCUCAAUGACAUCAAUGACCACCAUGACCAUACUGACCACCAUGACCAUGGUGACCACAAUGACCUCAAUGACCACCCUGACCUCAAUGACAUCAAUGACCUCAAUGACCACCAUGACCUAGAUGACCUCGAUGACCACAAUGACCACCAUGACCAUGAUGACCGCAAUGACCUCAAUGACCAAAAUGACCUUGAUGACCUCAAUGACCACCAUGACCUCAAUGACGUUGAUGACCACAAUGCCCUAGAUGACCACAAUGACCACCAUGACCACCGUGACCAUGAUGACCACCAUGACCGUGAUGUCCAUGGUGGCUUCUCCCAUGAGAAUGAAGAGGAGGAGACCCUGGAUAAGGAGAACCUGGAUGAGAAGAACCUGGGUGAGAACCUGGAGGAGAACCUGGGUGAGAACCUGGGUGAGAAGAACCUGGAGGAGAAUCUGGGUGAGAACCUGGGUGAGAACCUGGGUGAGAACCUGGAGGAGAACCUGGGUGAGAACCUGGGUGAGGAGAACCUGGGUGAGAACCUGGAUAAGGAGAACGUGCAGGAGAACCUGGGUGAGAACGUGGGUGAGAAGAACCUGGAGGAGAAUCUGGGUGAGAACCUGGGUGAGAACCUGGGUGAGAAGAACCUGGGUGAGAACCUGGAUAAGGACAACCUGGAUAAGGAGAACCUGGGUGAGAACCUGGGUGAGAAGAACCUGGGUGAGAAGAACCUGGGUGAGAACCUGGAUGAGAAGAACCUGGGUGAGAACCUGGAUAAGGAGAACGUGGAGGAGAACCUGGGUGAGAACCUGGGUGAGAACCUGGAUAAGGAGAACGUGGAGGAGAACCUGGGUGAGAACCUGGAUGACGAAGACCAGGAUGACGAAGACCAUGAUGAUGAAGAUGAAGAUGAUGAUGAAGAUGAGGAUGAUGAAGACCAGGAUGAUGAAGAUGAUGAAGAUGAGGAUGACGAAGCCCAGGAGGAGGACGAGGAGCCCCAUUUCCACACCAACCCCCUGUUCCAGCGCCCGCUGCCCCCGGGGGUGCCCCCCUGGCGUCCCCACGGUGCCGCCCUCGGUGCCACCCUCGGACCACCCAGAACUCCAGAAUUUGGAGACCCCCCGGAUCCACCUCCGGAAUUUGGGGACACCCCGAAAUCUGGGGACGUUCCAGAUCCACCUCCGGAAUUUGGGGACCCCCCGGAAUUUGGGGACCUCCUGGAAUUUGGGGACCUCCCCUUGGUGACGGAUUUCAGCGCCCGCCUGGCCCACGAGUACCUGGAGCUCUUCCAGUUCCAGGGGCUGAGCCUGGAGCAGGCGCUGAGGCAGUUCCUGCAGGCGCUGGUGCUCUCGGGGGAGACGCAGGAGCGCGAGCGCGUCCUCCGGCAUUUCUCCAGACGCUUCCACCGCUGCAACCCCGGCGGGUUCCCAUCCGAGGACUCUGUUCACACCCUCACCUGUGCCCUGAUGCUGCUCAACACCGACCUGCACGGCCCCCGCCUCGGCCGCCCCAUGAGCUGCUCCCAGUUCGUGGCCAACCUGGCCGGGCUGAUGGACGGCCGCGACUUCCCCCGCCAGCAGCUCAAGGCUCUGUACGGCUCCAUCCGACACCGGAAGCUGGAAUGGGCCACGUGA